CAGAUCUUCACCAAUGGCUACCAGUGGCUCUAUUGUUGUUUCGAGGUCUUUACCAGUAAUUCACCUGGACCUCCUUCGAGCGGAGAAUGAUUCAGAGUGUAAGAAGUUGCUCAAUGCUUGUCAAACCUACGGAUUCCUCUACCUUGAUUUGACUAGCGAUUCAGAGCUAUGCAAACAGUGGGAAGACAUGCUGUCAGUGAUAAAGCAGUACUUCAAGCAGCCGCUUGAAGUUAAGAUGCAAGACGCUCGAGGGAGUGACAACUACGGCUACGAACCCAUAGGCACCGAAGAGGGCCCUAAACCAAAAACUAGAGACGGCUAUGAAUCUCUAAAGAUUUCCCGCCGAGAAUUUCUGAAAGGCUCAACCGAUCUCACCACCUCUGUCCGCUCUGAAUCAGACUUGUUCUUCGCCUUCAUCAAGAACGCCCACACCAUCACGCUUAUGAUCCUCUCACGAUUGUCUUCUCAGCUAGGCCUCACCGGUUCUUCACGCUUCGAGUCCUACCACACCGACCCAGGACCAUCGUUCUCAACUCUCGGCCUCUUGCGUUAUCCAAAACACGAUGAAGCCGCCUCGCCCACCAACGUAGGCCACAAUAAGCACACGGAUGUCGGUUCUCUCACAUUUCUGCUUGCCCGACAAUGGGGUUUACAAUUCCUCUCUCCGGAGACACAACGUUGGGAGCUUGUCGAACCUCGACCUGGCCAUGCUAUUAUCAAUGUCGGCGACAGUCUACGUUUUCCAUCUGGGGGAAAGCUAGCAAGCGUUGUGCAUCGCGUAGUUCCACUUAAAGAGAGACAGGAAGAGGAUCGAUAUAGCAUUGCAUAUUUUCUGCGCCUGAAUGAUGAUGCAAUGUUCUGUGACUCGACGGGGAAGACGUGGACAGCGAAAGGGUGGCAUGACUUCAAGUUUGAUGUAUUCAAGAACCCGAGUACCUUGGAUGCGAAUGGUCAAUUUUUGACGGGCAUGAUGGAAGAAAACGAUAGAUUAGUGGAAAGUGGUCAUAAGAUUUUAGUCGCGCAAUAGUUAAGGCAC